CAGCACUACCAUUGAAGUAAACAAUCUUUUUCUGAUUUAUUGGAAAAAACAACGAAUUUAUUAAUGCACAACGCAAAUUAAACCAUCAACUGUAGUGCAAGUUGUAAUUAAAGUGCAACCGCACCCACGAAAUCGAAACACGCACAGAAGCCGAUUGAGGGUAAAGGUAGCGAGCCAACAGAAAAUGCGCAACUCACAUGCCAAGCCAGGAACAACAACGAAAUCGCACACGAAAUAAUAAGUAUAAAAGGUAUUUCAGAACCAAAGCACAGUCUCAGUUAUACAUGAGCAGCGCACAGUGCAGGACGCGACGUCGCCACCAACGCCAAGUGAGCCACAAGGAAGCCCCGGAAGAGGAAGAGCAAGGCAGGCGCAAUUGGCGUGACUGCAGCGCAUUAAAUCAAAGUGUGAAACGUAAACCGGAAGUGCAGCGCCGACGGUGACGGUGACUGUGACGCCGACGCCAACUCCGACGUAGGCGCAACUGGUGGACAACAAUAUGGAGGUGUAUGCCUGGGGCGCCAAUUCUCACGGUCAGCUUGGCCUUGGCUACGAAUCGGAGCUUUGCUCGUCCCCACAACGCCUGCCCAAGGGCUCGUUUCUGCCGCAGCUAGUGCGCUCCAUACGGGGUGGGGGCGGGCAUGUUCUGGUGCUCGACAGCAAUGGGCGUGUGCAUGCCUGUGGUUGGAACAAUCGCGGCCAAUUGGGCUUGAACUCGACCGAACUCUGUCACUGUGAAUUCCAAAUGGUGCCCACGGAAUUCUUCGAGGAAGUGCCCAUUGAAAGCAUCAGCUGUGGCUGGGACAUCUCGGGCGCCAUUACGGUAAACAAACGUCUUUAUGUGUGGGGCUCGAAUGCCUUUCAGCAGCUUGGGAUUUGCCAGCGCGGUUUUAUGGCUGUGCGUCGACCGAUGCCUGUGCGCUUGCCGCGUGAUGAGCACGCCCUGCGCAUAAGUUUCGGUCUGCGACACUGUGCCGUGCUCACCGAGGAUAACAAGAUCUACGUAUUCGGUCGUUUGCGAAUCAUGGAUCCGUCACCCAUUGAGCUGGCUAUCACAUCGACUUCGCUGAAUCGCGCCGAGGUGCUCAAGAUACAAGCGCAUAAUCCCAAGGAGCUACGCAUUAUAUCGCUGUCCAGCGGACAGCAUCACUUGCUGCUCAAGUGUCUGGAUCUGGCGUACGGAGGUGGCACCAAACGUGUCGUGGCGCUCGGGGACAACAAAUUUGGACAAUGCAACGCCUUUCUUUUCGAGAACGAUGUGCGUAAGUUGGCCGUGGGUUGGACCCACAAUGCCGCAGUGCUGAAGACCAAUGAGAUAUUGCUCUGGGGGCGCAACUGCUAUGGACAACUGGGCGUUGGACAGUUUAGCGAACAACAGGCUUUGCCAACGCAGUUGAAAAUUGCUGAGGAUAAGAAGCCAGCGGCUGUGCACCUGGGUGCUGAGCAUGGACUGCUGCGGACGACAACUGGCGAGAUCUACACCUGGGGCUGGAAUGAACAUGGCAAUUGUGGCAACGAUUCUACAGAGAAUUUAUGCAGUCCCACGCUCGUUAAGUUGCCCAACUGCAAGUUGGCGGGAACAGGCGCCGGCUUUUGUUAUGCCGUUUGCGAGCCGCAGAACGAGUAAAUUGUUAAUUAUAUUUUCGAUUCUUCAAUGUUGAAAUUGAAUAAGUAAUUAAAAUACCAAAGGUUGUUAAAGUUGUUUUCUAUUAUAUGGUUGAAUUAUCACCGAAA